UUUCAAUGAAUAAAUGCGUAAGUUAUACAUAUCUACUAAUAUUCGUAUUAGUUUCACAUACACAUUGUGCAGAUAAACAAAAUAAACAAUCAUCCAACAAGGGUCUGGGCUUAGUAUCAUAUACUGACAGUGAAGAAGAUGAUAAUUUUGAUGUGACUGAAACUACCGAGGGAGAACAAGUAACUCAAACCCCAAUACCAAAACAACCUAGUGAGGAAAAAAGUGGAGAUCGACCUGUUCAAUCGGCUCCUGUAACUUAUCCUGGAAUUCCAUAUCCAAGUUCAAGUUAUCAAUCAUAUCAACCACCUCAACAAAUUCCUUAUGUUUCAUAUCAACAAUUUUAUCAAGGAUAUCUUCCUCAAGCGCAAGAAAGAGUACAAUCUACGCAGUAUUAUGCACAACAAACUAAAGAACCUAGUCAAAAACAAGCUAUAUCGCAAGAAACUAAACCAGUAAAAUUAUGUGAAAAAAUAACAUUCUUUAAAAAGACCCCCGAAGGUAAAUUAACUGAAAUGACUGGAGAAGACUACACGAUUGUAGAAAACAGCGUGAAUAAAGUGAAAUAUAUCCUCAAAUCAAACCUUGAGCAAUUGGUUUGUGAUGGUGAGGUAAUUUAUUAUCAUCCAGAAAGUAGAGAACACUACAGUGAAUUAAGUUAUAAUAAGCUUGAAAACAACUUUUUCUUUGUAAGUCCAAGAGGAUAUAUAUUAAUCAAAAAUGUUAAAGGUACAUGGAGAAUAAGUAGACGCCAAGUUGGUGAGUAUGUUGAAUUCUAUACAAAAGAUUCAAUGGGAAAGAAUACUUUAAUAACUAAAGAUAAUUAUCGCAUUGAAUUUACAGACUUUGGAUCUAUUAGAUAUAAGCUUGCUCCUGGAGUAAAAUGCACAAAAAUUAUAUAUAAAUCCUUGAAAGUUUGGGAGAAAACUCCUAGUGACGGUUAUCCAAUUGGGUUAAGUUUUGUUAGUGGAAAUAGUAUUACAAUUUAUUUCAAUAAAUAUUAUUCUGUAUUUCGAAAAGGAGGUUCAAAAUUUACGUUAUUCCUUUCCAAGAGAAAAUAA